GCGUUGCAGAUCCCAUUUCGCCCGUCGCUUAUCGCGAAUCGGGUCUAACUUUAGAUGCAUGAUUCUGCAUUGGUGGCUCGAUUUUCUCUCCUGGGUAACUCGUGCUUCGUGUUGUCAACUGUCAUCAACAGUUGUCAACAUGAAGAACUUCUGCCUAAAAGCUCUCGGGUGCACUGCCAAGCCGGUCCCCGCCAUUUAUGAUCUCUGUCUUCCCCAUGUCAUCGAAGCUGUACAGCACCCGGCUGAACGCCCUGAACAUCUCCGUCGCUGUCACUUCUUGAAAAGGGCGUCUCUGAUUGCCGAAUGAGACGCUUGCUCCUUGAGCCAAUAAGACGCCCUUCAUUCUCGCCGGUUCACUCCUGUCUUGGCCGAAUUCUUCGCGGCGCCCUGAUCUCCCUUUUCAAAUUCCAUCAUGAAACACCUCGAUCGUUGGCUAGACCGGAUUACCCGUCAUGCCAGAGAGAUAUUGGAGCCAUCUUCCCAGCCUGUUGAGCAGACGGGUCCGCCGCCCAAUCAGCCGUAUCACCGUCCUCCGCCGCCAUUACCUCCAGUUGCAACGCCGGUGCUCGCCAGAACUGGCCCACAAACCGUUUUUGCCCAUUUUAUCGUUGGAAAUGCCGCUGCUAUGACCCCCGAGCAAUGGGAGUCGGACAUCAGAGAGGCACAAAAAGCUCAUAUUGAUGGCUUUGCACUGAACAUUGCUCCCCAGGACAGCUACACGGAUGAUGUCCUCGAGAAAGCGUACUCUGCAGCGGAGAGCGUUGGGAAUUUCUCCCUCUUUCUGUCUUUUGACUAUGGAUCAGGGGGGCCAUGGCCGGCCGAUCGGGUGAUCUCAACGAUCAACGCCUACCGGAAUCGAAGUGCCCAAUAUCACUACCAAGGAAAGCCGCUAGUCUCGACAUUUAUAGGGGCUGCUAAUGCAGGCGACUGGCCGUACAUCAAAGGGUCUGCUGAUUGCUUCUUCAUGCCAUCCUGGCCCGAUAUGGGGCCGGCCAGGCUCAGGGAUUACCUGGACAUCAUUGACGGCGCUUUCAGCUGGGAUGCCUGGCCAGUGGGGGCACAGAACAAAAACGUGACGAGCGACCGAGAAUGGAUGCACGCUCUUUCCGGAAAGCCGUACAUGAUGCCCGUUUCGCCCUGGUUCUACACCAACCUACCCCAGUGGAGCAAGAACUGGCUCUGGCGCGGGGACGAUCUGUGGCAUAUACGGUGGGAGCAAGUCAUGAGCUUGCAGCCGGCCUUUGUCCAGAUUAUCAGUUGGAAUGAUUAUGGAGAAUCUCACUAUAUAGGACCAAUCUACGAACCUGGGAUGCCCGAUGGAUCUUCCAAGUAUGUCUCGGAUUGCCCGCACGAUGCGUGGCGGGCACUGCUGCCCCACUACAUUGCCGCCUACCGAGGAUGCAGCAUGGGCGGUUUGUACCAGGCGAAUCAGACCCUACCUUUGGAGGAUAAGAUGGUGUACUGGUAUCGCCUGAAUCCGAGUUACGCUGGGAGUGCCAACGGCACGACGGGCAAUGAUCCUGGCGUGGGUCAGGAGGUGAUGCCACCGAGUGAACUUGCCCAGGACCGAGUAUUUGUCAGUGCUACUGUGAAAGAUGCCUGUGAUAUGUACGUUCAGAUUGGAUAUUCGGAACCUACGGUACUUCAGGCGUCGGGACCGGGAAUUCAUCACUUUUCGGUGCCGUUCAAUGGGCAAACGGGGCCGGUGCGAAUAGUGAUGGUCCGGAAUGGCUAUGAGGUUGCCGUUGCGGUUGGGCCGGCAAUCACGGAUGAUUGCAAGGAUGGCAAUGUCAACUGGAACGCCUACGUGGGAACGAGCGACUAGGAGGAGUGUAUGGGACUACAGUAGAAAGAUGGAGAUAGGAGAUA